AUUCCAACUGACACUUUCCUCUUUUCCCUCUUUGCGGCAUCCCGACAAAGAAACCCUUGUUCCAAGAUGGUCUGAUUCUUCGGCGAAAUUCGCCGCCGACCUAUCAUUUUCCUCCACCUGUCACCACCAAUCCACUCCCAUUUUCCGGCUAAUAUUUGGUUCUCGUGAAAUUAUAGUGCACCGUCGGCUGGUUUAUUUUCCUACUGGUAGGCGUGGGCUAUUUAUGAACUUCUCAACAAGUUAUCUUCAAAUGAUACAGAAAGGACUGUCUGCCAUGGAAGACGCACAAUCAGUUGGAACAUUGAUGGACUCUACGACCUCUAAGAUACAUCAACUACAGAAAGCAUUUGCUGAGUUGGAAAGUCACCGUGCUAUUACUCUCAAUCUGAAAUGGAAGCAACUCGAAGAACACUUUGAUGGGCUACAGAGGUCCUUGAAAAGGCGUUUCACUGAACUGGAAGAACAUGAGAAAGAGUUUGAAACAAAAAUAGUUCAGUCUAAAGAACUAUUAGAGAAGCGUCAAGCAGCUGUUGUUGCUAAGGAGCAAACUUCACUUGAGAGGCUCCAGGAGAAAAGGGAUGCAGCUGUCUCUGCUAUUGCUGUUGCUCUGGAGAAGCAAAGGAAGCCUUAUUCUGCAGAACCUGUAGUUAUUAAUGCUGAGGAUCGAGGUGGCCCAUCUUUUCUGGAGGCAAAGCCCAUGGUUUCUGGGGCAACUGAGAAUUAUACAGAGAAUAAUAGAAAACAGUCUGAGAAUGCAAUUGUGGAAGUCAAGUCUUAUCCAGAGCUAGUGAAACUAUGCCAAGACAUGGAUUCAGAAGGCCUCCAUAAAUUUAUAUCAGACAACCUCAAGAACCUAGCUGCUGUAAGGGAGGAGAUUCCAAUUGCUUUUAGAGCCGCAGAUGACCCUGGCUCUCUGGUUCUGGACUCACUCAAGGGUUUCUACCCCUCAGAAGUGUCAAUUUCAGAUGCUAAAAAAGAUGCAAAUCUGUUGGGCCUUCGACGAACUUGUAUUAUGCUGAUGGAAUGCCUUAGCAUUUUAUUAACCAUGCUGGAAAUCGAUUCUUUUCCAAGUAUAAUACCUGAAAAUGUAAAGGAACGUGCAAAAUUAAUAGCUGAGGAGUGGAAACCUAAGUUAGAUGAACUUGAUAUUGAUGCAAAUAACGGGAAUUCCUUGGAGGCUCAUGCAUUCUUACAGCUUCUAGCUACUUUUGGUAUUAAUUCCAACUUCAACCAGGAUGACUUAUUCAAACUGCUUCCAAUGGUUUCACGUCGUCGGCAAGCUGCUGACCUCUGCCGUUCUCUUGGACUGUCUGACAGAAUGCCAGGUGUCCUUGACGUCUUGGUUAGUAAAGGAAGGCAUAUCGAUGCUGUUAAUCUAGCUUUUGCCUUUGAGCUGACUGAGCGGUUCUCACCUGUUUCUUUACUGAAAUCCCACUUGGACGAAGCAAGUAAAGCAUCUUCACAUGUCAAAUCUGGAAACGCUUCGUCUACUGUACAGAAUGAUGUCAAUGAGAAGGAACUGGCUGCUCUAAAGUCUGUAAUUAAAUGCAUUGAAGAACAUAAGCUUCAGGAGCAAUACCCAGUGGAUCCCCUCCAGAAAAGGAUUCUCCAGUUGGAGAAAGCAAAGGCAGACAAGAAAAGGGCAACUGAAGUUGUGAAACCUCAAACCAAGAGACCUCGUGCCAAUGGUGUUGGGAAUGGACCCCGAGUCGCUAACGUUGCCACUGACAAGAACUUUUAUGCUAGGACGACUGAUAGGUACCCGCAAUAUGUGUUUGACAGACCAUAUGCUUACCCCGUUGGAACUGACACCCAUGUUCCAUCAUUUUUGGGUACCACUGCUUACAACGUUCCCCCUGGGCAUGGAAACUUCUUUGGAAAUGGCUACCAUUACCAGGCUGCUUACCUGCACUAAUCAGUAGAAUUUGACAAUGAUCCCUAUAGCCAGUAGUGUUAACCCUGGAAGUUUUCUUAAUUUGCUCAUAUGCGCAGAAUUAAUACUGAAUAUAACCUUGUUAACAUUAGUCUGUUGUAAUAGCUGAUACUUCUAAUCUUUUCAUAUAUGCACUAUCUUUGUUUAGUAUAUUCUUCAUCAAGUUCCUAAUGUAGCUCCUUUCUUA